GAUCGCUAAUCAGAGGAUGUUGUGGCCUGUGAGUCAAGAAGCAUGCAAUUGCUAUAUAAGCAGGGGAUAGCCAACAGGAAAAUAGACCAAGGGCAGCAAAGACACAGUGACCUCAGCAAGAAGCAUGCAUCCACCAAUUCUACUGUUCCUGCUACUUAGCUUCACAUUUCACACUUAUGCCGCUCCAGUGGGUCAAGGCAACAAAGAUGGAGACAUGGAUAUUGUUAAGAAAUACUUGGAUGACUUCUACAGCUCUGAUCCAGUUAUUAUUGGUCAGUUCAAAACAAAAGGUUCUGACCCGAUGACUGAAAAACUCAAAGCAAUGCAGAGAUUUUUUAAGCUGAAAGUGACUGGGGAGGCUGACACAGAAACCUUGGAGGUGAUGAUGAAGGCCAGGUGUGGUGUACCUGAUUUGGGGCAGUUUGUCCUCACUGAUGGGAAUCCUAAAUGGAAGCACACCAAUAUUACAUACAGCAUAGUAAAUUACACACCAGAUAUGCAUCAUGCAGAAGUGGACAAAGCAAUCCAGAAAGCAUUUGAAGUGUGGAGCAAUGUGUCACCCCUGACAUUCAAAAAGCUGGAGACUGGCACUGCGGAUAUCAUUAUCUCUUUUGAAAGAAGAGUCCAUGGUGACAAUUCUCCUUUUGAUGGACCUGAUGGGAUACUGGCACAUGCCUUUCAGCCAGGGCCAUAUAUUGGUGGAGAUGCUCAUUUUGAUGAAGAUGAAUUAUGGACUAGUCAAGGAGGAAGAGGUCGCAACUUGUUUCUUGUAGCUGCCCAUGAAUUAGGCCAUUCUCUUGGUCUCUCUCACUCUACUGACUCUGGGGCGCUGAUGUACCCCACUUACUCUUACACCGAACCCAGUGCAUUUAAACUUCCUCAGGAUGAUAUCAAUGGCAUUCAAGCUAUCUAUGGAAAGCCAGAUGUGGCAGUCCAACCAACUGGACCCACAACACCAGAGGCUUGUGACCCCAGGACUACUUUUGAUGCUGUCACCAGCCUUCGUGGGGAAAUUAUGUUCUUUAAGGGCAGGCAUUUCUGGCGGAAACAUCCUCAGCUGCCAGACGUGGAGCUCUAUUUCAUCUCCCUCUUCUGGCCAAGCCUGCCAGCAACUGGAAUAGAUGCCGCUUAUGAAAAUUUUGAAGAGGAUCUAGUUUUUCUUUUUAAAGGAAACAAAUACUGGGUUCUAAAUGGAUAUGAAAUCCUGUCUGGGUAUCCUAGGAGCAUCGACCGUCUGGGCUUCCCCAGAACCGUGAAGAAAAUUGAUGCUGCAUUUAGUGAUCCAGAAUCUGGGAAGACAUAUUUCUUUGUAGGUAGCAAGUACUGGAGAUAUGAUGAAAUCACGCAUUCCAUGGAAAGGGGCUACCCCAAAAGUAUAGCCAGAAACUUUGAAGGUGUUGGUCCUCAAAUUGAUGCUGCUCUAUACCAUGAUGGUUCCAUCUAUUUCUUCCAAGGAACAAAGCUGAUCCAGUUUGAUCAUGACAGUAAAAGCGUUGCUCAGAAGACUCAAAAGAGCAACAGCCUGCUGAACUGUUAAACAUCUAAUCAAUAUUCCCUAAUUAGUAUUUCCUGUAUACGAUUAUACAUCAUCAUUUUUAUUGGCCAUUCAGCAAUGCCACAUGAUAUUGUUGUCUCAUCCAAAUUUACAGGUGAAUAACUCUGAAGCGCUCUAACAUAUUUAUGUAAUAUGCUGUGUUAUAACAUUUAAGUUUCACUCUUCCAUAAAACAACUUGUUAUGGGUGA